AUGCAACCAGCAAUGAUGAUGUUUUCCAGUAAAUACUGGGCAAGGAGGGGGUUUUCCCUGGAUUCAGCAGUGCCUGAAGAGCACCAGCUACUUGACAACUUAACAGUGAGUACUUUCUUAAAGGCAAAUAAAGCUAACUCGAACAGAAACGAUGACAAGACAGGAAACAAAGGAAGCAGCCAAAGCAACACUGCUCCGGAGAGUGGCAGAACAGCAGUUGUAUUCUCCUUGAAGAAUGAAGCUGGGGGGUUGGUGAAAGCUCUGAGGCUCUUUCAGGAAAAACACAUCAACAUGGUUCAUAUCGAAUCCAGGAGGUCACGGCGAAGGAGUUCUGAGGUUGAAAUCUUCGUGGACUGUGAGUGUGGCAAAGCAGAAUUCAAUGAACUCAUUCAGUUGCUGAAAUUUCAGUCUACCAUUGUGACGCUGAAUCCCCCAGAGAACAUUUGGACAGAGGAAGAAGACCUAGAAGAUGUGCCUUGGUUUCCCCAGAAGAUCUCUGAGUUAGACAAAUGCUCACACAGAGUUCUUAUGUAUGGCACUGAGCUUGAUGCCGACCACCCAGGAUUUAAGGACAAUAUCUAUCGACAGAGAAGGAAGUAUUUUGUGGAUGUGGCCAUGGGUUAUAAAUAUGGGCAGCCCAUCCCUAGGGUGGAGUAUACAGAAGAAGAAACUAAAACUUGGGGAGUUGUAUUCCGGGAGCUCUCCAAGCUCUAUCCCACUCAUGCUUGCCGAGAGUAUUUGAAAAACUUCCCUCUGCUGACUAAAUACUGUGGCUACAGAGAGGACAACGUGCCUCAACUUGAAGAUGUCUCCAUGUUUCUGAAAGAAAGAUCUGGCUUCACGGUGAGGCCGGUGGCUGGAUACCUGAGUCCGAGAGACUUUCUGGCAGGCUUGGCCUACAGAGUGUUCCACUGUACUCAAUAUAUCCGGCAUGGCUCAGACCCCCUGUACACUCCAGAACCAGACACAUGCCAUGAACUCUUGGGACACGUUCCACUACUUGCGGAUCCUAAGUUUGCUCAAUUUUCACAAGAAAUAGGCUUGGCUUCUCUGGGAGCAUCAGAUGAAGAUGUUCAGAAACUAGCCACAUGUUAUUUCUUCACAAUUGAGUUUGGCCUUUGCAAGCAAGAAGGUCAGCUGCGGGCAUAUGGGGCAGGCCUACUUUCCUCUAUUGGAGAACUAAAGCAUGCUCUGUCUGACAAGGCGUGUGUGAAAGCCUUUGACCCAAAGACAACCUGCUUGCAGGAAUGUCUUAUCACCACCUUCCAGGAAGUCUACUUUGUCUCAGAAAGCUUUGAAGAAGCCAAAGAAAAGAUGAGAAACUUUGCGAAGUCAAUCACUCGUCCUUUCUCAGUAUACUUCAAUCCCUACACGCAGAGUAUUGAAAUUCUGAAGGACACAAGAAGUAUUGAAAACGUUGUGCAGGACCUUCGCAGUGAUUUGAACACAGUGUGUGAUGCCUUAAACAAAAUGAACCAGUAUCUGGGGAUUUGAUGCC